CGAAGGAUGCAAAGAGAAAUCAUUUCCAAAUUAAUUCGGAACUGAAAGGAAUCAUAUCUGUAGGUUUUCCUAUUUUCUACUCUCUGUGCUACCCAUGCCAUCACAGAUCAUCCCAUGAAGAUGCCCAGUUGAAUCCCCAGACUCCAGAGAAAGGCCUUUUCCCCUGCAGCAUCAAGAAGAGUCAGCUGGCAUAAUCUGUAUCAUGCGUUUAUCCCUCAGCCUUUGGCUAGACAUAUGUUUUUUCUCUCUGCAAAUCCAGAGACUUCCUUUAAAAAGUACAUGGCAGAGAACAGAGGAUGAUUUGAAAGAAGAUACUACAUCACGCUUGGAAUAUUGUAUCCAUUUUUGAUUGCCACAAUAUAAAAAAGAUGUUGAGACGCUAGAAAGAGUGCAAAGAAGAGCAACAAAGAUGAUUAAGGGGCUGGAGGCUAAAAGAUAUGAAAGAUGGUUGCGGGGAUUGGGAACAACCUGCAUUGCACACUGAAUAGUAAAAGGAAUGCCUUUGACACAGGAUUGGAGAUAAACAGACCAUGGGCAGACAGUCCCAGGAAGAAUAUGAUUGGGGAAAAGCCCGCCCUCUUAUCUGCAGCCUCCAGCUGUGGAGCAAAGACCCAGGCAUCAGCUUCUGCAGUCAGUUACCAACUGGCAGAGCAGGUGAAAAGACUUUUCUGGCAGAACUGCUGCCCUCCCCUGCACCAAAGCAUGGAGCAGGCCCGGAGAUCCAUUGCUGCCUUUUUGAUCCUGGUGGUUUGGGCCUCUGGCUCACUUCAGGAGGGCCCUGGGAAUCUUGGUGCACACUUCAACAACAAAGUUGCACACCUGUUGACAGAAGAGCUCUUGAACCCCAAGUGCUUCACCCAGCAGUUAGAAGAUCUGGCCUGUUUCUGGGAGGUAUCAGAACUUCUGACAGAACAAAAAAAACAGAGCAUGUACAGUUUUUGCUACAAGUUUGAGGAAGACAACUCCCUGCAAUCCUGUAAUUUGACUGUGAGGAACACAUCCAGGAAUACAACACUCUACACUUGCUUCUUUCAAAGGCAGGAUAUCUCAGCUUUCAGCCCCCUGGAGAUCAAAGUCUUUGAUGGGCUGUCCUCUAACAGCACCCUCUACACUAGAACAAUAUAUGUGGAAAGACUUGUUUUCCUGGACCCCCCCUCUAACCUGACAGUGCAGUUUAUGGAAUCCUCGGGGCAGCUAAAUGUGAGCUGGCAAUCACCCCCCAUUGCAUACAUGGAAAACAGUAUCCACUAUGAAGUGUCCAUCUCCCCUGAGGGCUACAGACCCCAACGGGUAGAAAGUACCAGUGGGCAGACAUAUUACCUCCUGAAUCUCAAAGGAGGCACUCACUACACUUUAGCUGUUCGGGCCAAGCCUAACGGAGUCAGCUAUGACGGCUAUUGGAGUGAGUGGUCACAGGAAGUAUCCGUGACAGUACCAAAUGAUCUGGACCCACUCAUUCUGAUACUCUCUAUCAUUUUGAUUGUAAUUGUCCUGCUUUUGGCUUUCAUCAUCCUGAUGUCCAACCACAGAUUUUUGAAAAAGAAGAUCUGGCCUGUCAUACCCUCCCCAGAGCAUGAAUUCAAAGACCUUUUCACCAUCUACAAAGGCAACUUCCAGUUGUGGCUGGGCCAUCAAAGCACUUAUCCUUGGUGGAGCCAGAAUACCCACUAUCUGGAGGAGCAACCAUUUUUGGUGGAACUAUUAUCUGAAUGUGAUGGCCACAAAGUGGAUAGCCCUCUCCUUCCUCCUCCCCUUCCCCCCAAGCGCUGCACUCCAGUGGAGCUUCCUUGUGCUCUAGAACUGUCCCUGGAUGAUUAUCUAAUAUUGGAUAAAAAUGUGAUGCCUUGCUGCUUAGGAGGAAAUGACUCUCCAUUUUCGCUGGGUAGCCAGAGUACCGAGGAUUCAGACCUGGGACUGAUUGAAGAAGCAAGAAUUACAGAGCCCAGCCAAGCUUCUUCUAGCUUUGAGUACACUGUGUUUGAUCCCAGUUCCGAAAGUCUCUCUCCACAAGGCCACCAGGCAGAGCUCCAGUUCAAAAGCAGCUACCAGAUGGUGUCCGACUCAGGGAUCUCUGCUGACUACAGCCUUGUGGACUCCACUGCUGGCCCCACCAGUCUUUACACCAACAUCUGUGAUAGAGCACCAGCACCACCUUUUCUGCCUACCUAUAUUACAUGUUCAUAGCUUUAACAAGCAUGGAACCAGUGAACAAAUCAAAGAACUGAAGCAGAAAGAUACCAACCCAGCUGUCCCAUACCAUUUUUGCUCUUCCCAGGAGAAAAAGCUUCAGUAAUGGGAAAGCCAUUGAUUACCAUAACUACUCUGGCUGGCGAAGCUGCUCCUAUAGAGGAAAAGUGAUUUAUAAAACGGAUGGGGGGAAAUGGAUAAAAGAAAAGGCAGGCAGCAUAAUUGCCUUCACGAUUAUGCACUGAACCUAUUAACAUUACUUUUGAUCAUGACCCUGUUUGUUCUCAUACAGACAAACCUUUGAAGCUGUUAAACUUAAUCAAGAGGCAUUUGGGGGGGGCAUAGAGUAGCAGCUUUCCAGCCAGCUGUAACUAUCAGCCCAACACUCCAUAUCAAGAUUGGACGGUGUUCUCUUUAUGUCACCUCAAAGAGUAAGGAGAGGAAUAUAACAGUUUUCUUUGGUUCUGUCUUUGCCUUUCUAAGUUCUUGGGUUGGGCAGAUUACUUUUUUUUUAAAAAAAAAAUGAAAAAUUAUUUUCAUGAUGUAUUAUAAAAAACAAGUUUUAAAUAUACCAUCUGGGCCUGGGCCAGGAGACUGCAGGAUUUUUUCCAGCACCAGAAAAGAAGCAAAAUUCAGGAACUGGAGCAAGAAUUCUUACAAAUUAAGAAUUUCUGGAGUUUCAUUCAACUGCAAUUCACUCAGUGACUUUUGCUUCCCCAUCUACAAAACCUGGCUAAAAUAUUAAGGAAAUAUCUGAUAGACAAGAUGCCCCAAUUAUCAGAUUCCUAGAGCACUGCUUUGGUAUUCCACCAGCUGUUUACUGUCACUGUGCAUGGGUUGUUUAGAAAAUUACUGUUAUUUGUCCUUGCAAGGAUGACUUGUGAUGUUCAUGCUAUCUAGACAUGAACAUCAUGUUGAGUUCCUUCAAAAUCAGCACACUGGAUUGAAAUUACGGGUGUUUCAGACCAAGACUUUAAGUGUUAUUGACAUGCCUACGUAGUAUUUUUUGUAAUUAUUAAGAUAAUUUAGACUGGAAAUGUGUGUGUUUAACUUAGAUCUUUAAAAAUAAAGGCCCUUGUGUUCUAACUAGAGAGAAUUAAAAAAUGAUACAACUUUAUCAUCUUA